GCAGUUAUAAGAGAGUGCUGCCCAGGUCAUGUUUUCUCAGUGUGUCACUGUUGAAGGAUCGUACUGCGUAGUGUGUUCUGCUCCUGUGACCUGGAAAGACCCCUGGUACUACUUCUCAGAAAGCACCCAUAUCUUAUUAUUCUGUUUGUGUGAGGUGAGGAAGAUGAGGAUGAAGGGGGUUCUGGCCCUGCUCUGCAUGACCUUAACAUGUGGAGCUCAGAAAUGGAAACAGGAAACCCCACGUUGGGACCCUAAAGCAGAACACACCAACGGCAAGACCUGUUCCAACCUGACUCAGGUACUGGACAACUGGAAAUUUGCUAUUAUAACCCAAGUGAAAGACCUGCUGAUCAACGACCAUGCCUCUGUCCUACCUGAAUACAACAGGAUCCAGCCUCUAUCAGACGCUCUGGGAGACCUCUACAGGCAGUUUAACACUCUAAAAGACGAGCUGGGGAGGCUCACCUCGAAGUUUGACAGUGUGGAGGGUUUUGUGGACGAUCUCAAGGACGGCAGAUCCACUCUGCCUCAUCGGCCCGUACGGAGGGUCCCCCCCAACGUUGGUCUGAGGUCUCCACUGCUAGCACAGAUGAGGGCUCCUGUCAAGGGAAUUAUCAAGGGGCCAACAUUGACCAGAGCGAGGAGGAGAGGGCCACAGAGACCGUAGACCUGCCUACCGGCUUUUGUCUGGUCUCAAUGCUGAUGUAUGGAAUAAGAGUUGAUAUGUUUAUUAGAAGAUGAUUAGUUUAUAUAAUUUUAUUGAUGAGUGUGGUGGGAGAUCUGGUCACAUGAAUGGUGUAGAAAACAUGAUAAAAUGUAUUUCUCUUCGCCUGUCUGUACAACGUCACUUUCCACCACAAGGUGGCAGCAUUUAUGAAAUUAUCUCGACUGUCAUCCUGCUGCACUAUGUGUAUUAAUUGCUGGACAUAAAGUAACAUAAUGGCUGAAAAUGUAGUCUAGAAUUAUGAUAAAAUACAGUAUAUACAGUAUAUUUUUCACAUCAAUUAGCAUUGUAUGAACAUUUUUGUUGUAAUGGAGUUUUUUACCCAAAUAAUUAUUAAAAAGAGAUUUAUGUGCAACUUA